AUGAAUUUUACAAUCCCACCUCCGCCGUACAUGCCCCUGCCGGCGGUCACCGGGACGGUUGGCCCGCCGUGUUACCAUCACGCCCUGGCAAUGCCGUCCACGCGCCCUCUGCACUCCGCAUGCUGCGCUGGCAGCUUAGAUCCAACUCUCUCCUUCACCGGCCUCAGCAACCACUCUUUUUGUCAAGCCUGGCUGGGCGCCCAAGCUUGCUCCGACUUUUCGUCGAAUGACCUUGAAAUCUUGGCCGGCAACUCGGCGCAGGCCUGCUCAGCUGCCACGGUCGCCAACGCAACGCCUAUGGCCGUUACGAGUGCAGUCAGUCUAACCUCGGCCCAACAGGGCGAACAGGGCCAAGUCGCCGAGGCUCAGAUAGUGCCGCCGGUAGGGCACCUUUCACGGGCCCAUUCGGUUACCGAGGCAUGUCUCGCUGCCACGGUAGACCCGGUCUGUCGACACCUUCGGGGGCCCACCCACACUAGCCUCCUUUAUUGGCCCGACAGGCGGUCUCACCGUGGCAACGAUAGUUGCCCUGGUGAAGAUGGCUGUUGCCUUCUGGCCGGCGGUAUGAGCAGGUCGCAUUCUGUGAAUUGUCUGAAAAGUAAGCACAACUGCUCUCACGACCAUUUGCACGCCGUCCCACUACCGACAGUGCUCCACUUGCGCUCCCCCGCCUCCAGACAGGCCAGCCUCGCGUCCGGCCUCAAUCACCGGCACACAUGGGAGACGGGACCCGUCGAACCGAGACCCGGCCACAGCCGGCUCGAGGCCACUUGCCAUUUGCCCGCGCUCACGGACCUUCAGACGUGUGCUCACAAGCGCCAACACCAGCACCACCAACACCACCAGCACCACCAGCAGAGCCAGCAGAGGUACCGGCUCUCCGGGCGGGCAAACGAGGCUGCAGACGAGCAGCAAGAGGAUCCAGUCGGUGGUGGAGAUGCCAGUGACGAGGCAAAGACUCGCAUUUCGGAGGUGCGCCAGUUUUGGCGCAGAAAAGACUAUUCUGCUGGUCCCAGACUUUCGCGGGCGCGCAGCGUAGACCCGCUUCCCGGUUCCUUGCAUUCUCAAGGGCCGGCUCGCGACGGCGGGCGAUGGCGAGCUGAUUCAGUUCAGCUGACGUCUCGAGCUUGUCGCUGUUGCUGUACCUGUUGCCACUGCUUCCAGCUAGCCUGCGCCAGUAAGCCGACGGCCUCGCCGCACGUGGCAUCGUCUCAGAGCAGCCAGACGAAUCCCGCCUCUCGGGUCCCCCAUACACUCUGUUGCCGGUCGGUGACGCCGGUCUCAGAGACGCCAGCCUCCCAUGCCUGCUCCGGCCAGACAUGUCGGUGCAGGAGACCGCCGCACCAUCCGAUUCCGGUGUCAACCAGUUUCACCACGCCAAGACGUCCUCUAUUCCGAGGCUCGAGCUCGCAACCGCCCACCACUGCCUCACCGACCCCGGUUAAACGAUGCGUGAGUGUCGGCUGUCAUGCUGACACCUGCCCCUGUCUCCACCGCCACACACAACACAGCAUUGCCUUGCAGACCGGACUCGAGUCGCCGUCACCUCAGCGACCAACCUCUUCACCGGCUCCCCAUCCCGCCGGCCCGUUCGUUGCCACAGAUAUGCCCUCUUUCCCUCCUCUGGAGACGGUGCCCUUCACACCAUGUCUGCCUCCAGUGGCGCCCAAGACGUACGUCUCUAAGGCGACUCUGGCACUGCACCGUUCAGAGGAUAAUCGGUUGUCUGAGGCACAGAAGAAUCGGCUGAAUGAGACGGAUCUUGAACUAUCCGCACUUUACGGCAGUCUGAGACGGCCAGCAACCGGCCAUAGUCUCUAUAGAGCUAGCCAGCCGCAGACUAUUUUCACAGAAUUUUCCACUGAAGAGGGCCUUGGCACCCGGCGAUCCCCAUCGCUCUACACCAACGUGAGACAUCGUGUGGCCACCAACACACAGUCUCCUGUCGUCAUGCCGACCUCCGGCUCCGGAAGGCCGGGACGGCUACAUGAACGCCAAGUACAGACGACGGAGACAACUCCAGCAGUCAAUGAGAUGCUUAUGCCUAGUGUCCAGGGGGCCCCAUCGAUGGUGACACGCAUAUCGCACAAAUCGUCAAUUUACACAUCCAACGGAGCAACUUUAAGGGGAGGAGGCGGAGGCCUGGAAUCCCUGGGUCAGCCGGAGAACCUGCCUAUUCAUUUUUUGAACGCAGCUGAUGAUGUUGAGUCGGGCUUCCGUGCCAGGGUGGCCCAGUGCGAGGCGGAUCUUGACAUGUAUGGUGACCUAAUGAAUAAUGAGGGUAAGGCAGAAGAGUAUGCAUAUGUGAAGGGAUUGGAAAGAGCUAAAAAAAAUUGUCAGCAUAAUGAUCUGAUUUUGGUGGGAUAA